GGCAGUGGGACGAUGGCGGCUUCUUCAAGUGGUGAGAAGGAAAAGGAGCGGAUGGGAGGCGUUUCAGGAAUGACAGGCCUUGGCAGUACGCGAGAGCGGCUUCUGUCUGCGCUGGAAGAUCUGGAGGUCUUGUCGAGGGAACUUAUAGAAAUGCUUGCAAUUUCAAGAAAUCAGAAGCUGUUACAGCUGGAAGAGGAAAAUCAGGUCUUGGAGUUGCUAAUUCACCGAGAUGGGGACUUUCAAGAACUAAUGAAAUUAGCACUUAAUCAGGGAAAAGUCCACCAUGAAAUGCAAGCUUUAGAGAAAGAAGUAGAGAAGAGAGACAGUGAUAUUCAGCAGCUGCAGAAACAGCUGAAGGAGGCAGAGCAAAUCCUGGCAACAGCUGUUUACCAGGCAAAGGAGAAACUCAAGUCAAUAGAGAAAGCAAGAAAAGGCGCUAUCUCCUCUGAAGAAAUCAUUAAGUACGCACACAGGAUCAGUGCCAGCAAUGCUGUAUGUGCUCCACUGACUUGGGUUCCAGGAGACCCUCGACGGCCAUACCCAACUGAUUUAGAGAUGAGAAGUGGAUUGCUGGGUCAGAUGAACAAUCCUUCUACCAGUGGUGUGAAUGGUCACCUCCCGGGAGAUGCCCUUGCAGCAGGUAGACUGCCAGAUGUCCUUGCUCCACAGUACCCAUGGCAGUCAAAUGACAUGUCUGUGAACAUGCUGCCGCCAAAUCAUAGCACUGACUUUCUGUUGGAGCCUCCCGGGCACAACAAAGAAAAUGAAGAUGACGUUGAGGUUAUGUCAACAGAUUCCUCAAGCAGCAGCAGUGACUCUGACUGAGAAAGGGGUGGCAUGCAGACUCCACUGCCACAGAGUUCUGUCAAGUGGGAAAUGGAAAGCACAGACCUCUAAGGAGCCCAGGAAAGUCAGUGGUCUUUCUUCCUGUAGCCAGAACUGCUGGUUCUCAUCUGUUACACACGUGUUUGAGGGUUUGUCACAAUUACUGUUGUGCUUGGUUUGUACAUAGCAGCUAUGGGAUGAGACUGAAGGAGAACUGCACAACUCAUGGAGAGUACUUACCAAGGGCACUGAGCCAGGCUCCUGCCUUAGUCCCAGCGCCUGGGAGGCUGAAGGAUUGCUGGGAGUGUCGGGCCGCCUUGAGCUAUGUAAUAAACUGAGCCAUCAGGGUAGCAGAACAAGAACAGAGGCAUGGAGCUCUGUGAUAUUUCAAAAAGUGCUCACUUGAAAGUGAAGUUGUCUGCUGUUACAGUGACAACUGUCAAUAUUUAUAUGUGGUAAAUACUGUAAUUUGUGUAAAUAAACUUGGUUUUGUUUGUA